UCGCCAUGAUUCCCCUAACAGAAAAAGACAAGAUUGUUGCUCAGCUGUUACUGAAAUUUGGAGCGUGCCCCCGCUGUGUUCUCCGGUUCUGCCGUGUGGGCCUGCAGGCUUUGUACAGGCAGCCUCCUAAGGAGUUACUUAGCGAACUGCGUGAGUUCCUAGAUAACAGCAAAGAGGAGGAGGAAUUAUCUUGUGAAACAGCAGAUCCACCGUGUAAAAGACCCAGGCUGGAGAAUACCAAAGAAUCUGAAGAGCAGACCCUGAAUGGAAGCCAUCAGCUGGAUAGUGCAGAGGAUGAUGGAAACACAUCUCCUGCUGCUUCUGAUGGAAAGAAUUCAAUGCCAGCUAUUUGUACAAUAUGCCUGGGGAUUCUGCAGGAGCUCUGCGAGGCAGAUUUUGUUAAAGCAGUGUGCCAUAAAAUUAAUUCCUCUGAAUAUCAGUUUUCCAGCUUUGUGUUUUCAGUGUCUUUUCCACCUCAGCUCUCUGUCAGGGAGCAUGCAGCGUGGCUGCUCGUAAAAGAAGAAACGGGGAAACAGAACCUGUUAGUGGAAAAAGAGGAUCUCGUUCAGCUGAAAGAAGCAUACAAGUGGAUUAUCCACCCCUUGUUCUUAGAAGAGAUGGGGGUCCCUGCUGAUGGCAAGAGCCUGUUUGAAGUCAGCGUGAUUUUUGCUCAUCCAGAAACCGACGAGGAUUGCCGUUUCCUAGCUUCAACCUGUCCUAGUUGUUUCAAGCCCGCAAAGAACAAGCAGUCUCUUUUCACCAGAAUGGCUGUUGUAAAGGCUUUGGAUGCAAUUAGCGAAGAAGAUUUCCAUAAGAACUUCAAAUCUCCUCCGAGUUUGCCUAAGACCGCUUGUGCAGCUGUCGACAUUCAGUGCACCCACGGUGCCGUCUUUGUGGCUGGAAGAUAUAACAAAUACUCAAGAACGUUACCUCAGACUCCCUGGAUUAUCGAUGGAGAAAGAAAAAUGGAGUCUUCGGUGGAAGAACUGAUCUCGGAGCCUCUCAUGGCUGCCUUCAAAGCAGACAGUUUUAAUUUUUCAUCCUCUGGAAGAGAAGACGUGGACGUGAGAACACUGGGAAACGGAAGGCCUUUCGCCAUUGAAUUGGUGAAUCCUCGGAGAGUCUGUUUCGACACAGCAGAAAUGAAGGCACUUCAGCAGACUAUCAAUAGCUCAUCAGACAAAGUCCAAGUUCGUGACUUGCAGCUUGUCACAAGGGAGGCCCUCGGACGCAUGAAGGAGGGAGAGGAAGAGAAGACCAAGACCUACAGUGCUUUAAUAUGGACGGAAAAAGCCGUCCAGAAGGAAGACAUUGCGUUUCUAGACAAUAUGCAGGAGUUAAAGCUUGAUCAAAAAACCCCACUGCGGGUCCUGCAUCGGCGACCACUAGCCGUCCGGGUUCGCAUCAUCCACACCAUGCGCUCUGAGUACAUCGACGAGCAUCAUUUCCGUCUCCAUCUGAAGACACAGGCAGGGACCUACAUCAAAGAAUUUGUGCAUGGGGAUUUUGGAAGGACGAAACCCCAUAUAGGAUCCCUCUUGGGGACAACAGCUGACAUCCUGGAACUGGAUGUGGAAUCCGUGGACGCGGAUUGGCCUCCGACUCUGGACGAUUAAUGGACCGUUUGAUUUUUCAAGAUGGGAAAGCUUUGAGGAAUGGCAGUCUCCACGGAACGCAACAGACAACGAAAGCGACUUGCAUUGCCCCGGUUGUUUUCUGGAGUGUUUUAGAUCAUGUUGAUCUGUCCCAGGUUUCUUUGUUUUAUAAUUAAGCAGUGUUGGUUGAAUGAGCCUUAAACACGGAGAAGAAUACAAUGGGACCUGCCUUCUGCGGCUGGCAGGGCUUUAAAUUUCCAGCAGAUGCCUUCUCCUGGGUUGAGGGAGUUCCUGUUUGCCGCCCUCACCCCAUUGACAGCUGUCCAGCCUUUUGUGUGGCAUUUUCAAAGGUCUGGAAUGGAGGCUUUCAGCAGCCCAGUUGCACCUUCUCAAAUAUGGACUGAAACUCUAGUCUUUUGACCAGGUUUACCCUCAUCAUGUAAAUACAUUCCUUGCCACCAAAGACCGAGAUCUUCCACACUCUUGUCUUUCCGAUUCAGGCAUGAAAGCUGGACCGUGAAGAAAGCGGAUGGGGGAAAAGAAACCUGAUUGGUUUGAAAAGUGUUUCUGCAGAAAAGCUUGGACUGCCAGAAAGACAAACGAGCGAGCCCUAAAUUGAAACAGACCUAGAGGCAAAAGCACUGAAGCGGAGGCUGCCCUACAUGUCAGGAGAAGGCAGGAUUCUCUAAAACGGACAAGAAUGCUGGGGAAAGUGGAAGGCAGCAGGAAAAGAGGAAGACCGGGCACAAGAUAGACUAACUCCCUAAAGGAAACCAUAGGCUUGAGUUUACAAGAGGUGAUCAGUCCUGUUGAGGACAAGAUUCCAGAGAUCAGUCCUUCGCAGGGUCACCGUGAGUCAGAGACAACUUGACAACACAAAAAAAAAAUUCUUGCAAAAUCCCAUCUCAUGGAUUUUCCAGCUAAGAAGGCAGAUUGGAAACUGGUGUGGAGGUUAACUCCCACCAGGAACAACUGACUGUGGGCCCCCCACCCCACCCCCAGACAUCCUUGGCUCCAAAGAUCAAAAGACACAGAAGGAGAUCUUUGUUAAUUCUGGCAAAAGCUUUCUGUUCAUUUACUCAAAUGCAGUGGUGUUCACCGCAGGUGGAAGCAGACAGAGGCCACUUUGCCAGGCCCAAGGGGCAUUUUUACCUUCUAGGUCUCUUGCAGGCCAUACCUGCACCUCAACCCAUCCACUAGACUCCGUCUGGAAAGCAGCUUUCGCCCCAAAAAAUGGCUGACUGCAAUAGAUAUAUGUGUGUGUGUUUGUGUAUAUAUAGUACCUCCAGGUAAGGGAGUAGCAAGAUCAUGGCAGCCGUCAAGAUCCUUCAACCCCUUUAGGGGCCGGGCAAAUUGUUAGCCUGUGGCAGUCAUUGCUGAACAGCCUUACAGCUCCGUCCUGCACAUCUUUACUCAGAAGCAAACCCCAUUGAUUUAAUUUCCCCCCCUCGCCCCCCCCCCCAUGGACCGUGCCUAUGAUGGCAGCCUCAGUCUUGAAUAUGUACCAUUAUUGACCUAAUCCUAAAUACAGAGGUCUUCACGGCCAAGCAGUGACCUAGAGGGGAUCUCUGGACUUCUGAAAUAGUAGCAUUUGACCAGUGUCAUCUACCAGGAAAGAAAGAAGAUCACGUGAUAGGUAGAGCAAGUUGGGAUGCGGGAUAAAGCAGAGCUCCACGUUCUUUUAAAUAAAGAAACUAAAAGGUUUUUUUCCCUUUA